GAGUGAAAGUUACGUGUAGUUCAAGCGAGAUCACAGCAAACUCCCCCAACACACACACACAAACCUUUUUGCUCUCCCCACUCUCUCUCUCUCUCUUGAAGCUGGUGGUAGUGGUACGAGGUGGGCUAGGAAGAGGGGACUGUUGUUCUUAUUUUUGUUGUUGUUGGUGUUGGUGUUGGUUUUGGUGUUUGUGUUGGAAGUUGGAAGUUACAAACGUGGUAGUUACUGUGCGUAGGAAUAGGGCUAAUUGGACUUAGUACUAGGAAGGAAGGAGAGUUUGGUGUGGGGUUUCUAUUUAUUUGUUAAUGGUUUUUGGUUUUUGUGAACAAUAAUGGGGUUUAGUUUCAAGAGAAGGAAGAAGGAGCAAGAUGGAGGGGGUGGAGAUAUCACUAGGUCUUUCAAGGAUUCACUUAAAGCUCUUGAAGCUGACAUCCAAUUUGCCAAUACACUAGCUUCUGGGUAUCCAUGCGAGCACGAUGGUUCUCGCUUCCAAAUGAGGUUAUCAUACAGCCCAGCUGCUCAAUUUUUCCUUUUUCUGGUUCAAUGGACCGAUUGUCACCUUGCCGGAGCACUGGGAUUGCUUAGAAUUCUUAUAUACAAGGCAUGUGCUGAUGGUAAGACAACCAUUUCCAUUUAUGAACGAAAAGCGAGCUUGAAGGAGUUCUACCGUGUGCUGUUUCCCUCUUUGUUGCAACUCAACGGAGGAAUCAGUGAUGUUGAAGACAGGAAACAAAAACAUUUGUGUGCUACUAAGUACAAGACAAGAGACAUGACAAGCAAGGGAAAGGUCUCUGAAAUCGAGAUAGAGAGAGAAGAAGAAUGUGGCAUUUGCCUGGAGAUGAAUGGCACGGUUGUGUUGCCGAAUUGCAAUCACUCGAUGUGUAUGAAAUGCUACGAAGAUUGGUGGGGAAGAUCUCAAUCUUGCCCUUUCUGUAGAGAAAGUCUUGAAGGAGUAAAGUCUGGUGACCUUUGGAUCUACAUAAACAAGAGUGAAAUUGAUGAUUUGGCUUCAAUCACCGAAGAGAAUUUGAAGAGAUUAUUUAUGUACAUACAAAGAUUGCCCAUCAUUGUGCCAGACCCCCCUAUAUCGGUUUCAUACCAUCAUCGCUGGUGAUAUUGAUUCAUUCAAACUCACUCUAAUUCUCAGAUUUGUAUAUGAUUCUCAGUUUGUCUAGGAAAUUUGCUAGACUUGUAAAUAAUACAUGAUACAUUGUAACCAGAGUUCAAUUCUUAUAUG